GGGCCACGUCAGCAGACCACGUCAGCAGGACACGUCAGCAGACCACGUCAGCAGACCACAUCAGCAGACCACGUCAGCAGGCCACGUCAACAGGGAGUGCAACGUCAGCCACCCGGGCCUGUUUAUGCUGACUCGCUCGCAGACAGCCAUUAUGGGCCAGAAACUGGGGGAAACGGCGGAGGCAUAUCAGGACCGCAUGCUGGCUUUGAUCAUAGAAGCCAAGCAGCGGGCGGAUGCAUUAGCAGCCGCAGAGAAGAAGAAGGCGGAGGAUGCCGAGCAGGCACGACUGCUAGCUCUUGAACAGCAGCGUUUGCAGGCCAAGGCAGCAGCGAAGGCUGCAGAUGAAGAACGAUUGAAGUGGCGUGAGAAGAUUUUCAGCGGGGAGCGAGCAUUACUCACAUUGGCAGUGGAAUGGCGAACUGAGGCGGAGACAGGGAAGAUGGAGGAGAGCGAGAACAAGAUUGCCCUCCUCCUUUCCCAUCUCACGGACCUCCUCGCGACAUGCAUCGCGCAGCAGGAGGACAUUCACAGCCUCAAUGUCGAAGUCAAGAGUGUUCGCAGCCGCGUACAGCAGCUGGAGCAACGACCCGCCGCCGCCCCUGUGGCAAGCUCCUCCAACACAUCAGACCGCCUCAACGCAUUGGAGACUGACCUGCAYCUCGUCAGCGAAUGCAAGCACCACGCGUACUUAUACUUCCGGUCGGGAGGCGCAUGCCAGGCAUGGCUGGACAAUCUUUUGUCCCAGUACGGGGUGGUCGCUGCCGAGUUACACACGAAGAUCAGCUGGGAAGACCUCAAGGCGGCGUGGCACAAGCGGUUCCAAGUGGAGCCGCCGGAGAUCAAGGCCAUGGACAAGCUYAUGACCUUCGAGCAAGGCUCGCUGCCAAGCAUCGACUGGAUUGCCGAGUACCAACGCUUGACAUCCGUCCCAGGUCUCCCGAUGGGCUUCAAAGCCAUCAAGCACUACUUCAUUUCAAGGUCGUGCCCGACAUUGAGCAACGCCUUGACGCAUGUUGAGGACACACUGACGACGACGGCGCAACUGUUCGAUAAGGCCGCACAGAUUAUCAUCACAAACAAGGAGACGACGAACCUCACUCGUGCUGCGGCACGCACGAGCAAGGAUCCGCAUAGGCCCAAGCACUCUGCGCACAUCGUCACAAGUACUUGUCCUUCUAUGCACCACCAACUUCGCCUAUGGAUUGACGAGGUCGUGGUGGGGGACAUCUUGGCAUAUGUUACCAAGGUGGCCCGCGAGUUUCGCACGCAGCGGUACGACGACAAUAACGCACCGCUGAUGUAUGUCCGCAUCCAAGUUGGGCAAGCGUCCUGUAGUGCUUUGCUAGAUAGCGGCGCGACUCGCAACUUCAUGAGCCAAGCCUUUAUGCAAAGGGCUGGCCUCGGCGCGCAGGUUCGAAGGAAGGCAAACCCGACGGCGAUCAAGUUGGCGAAUGGAAAGACGCAGCAACUUCUCGAUCGUUACAUCGAGGCUGUACCGGUGUACUUCGCACCUCAUGCAUGCAAACCGGUCAUGUUCGACAUCUUGGACACGGACUUCGAUAUCAUCCUGGGAAUGCCUUGGCUCGCAAGUGCGGAUCACACGGUCAACUUUCACCAGCGGACUCUCACCGUUCAUGACGCCAUCGGUGCCGAGGUGCCGUGUACUAUUCCUCUUCCGCACCCUUCGAUCCGGUGCCAAGUCGUGACGGCCAAAUCGUUUCGUGCUACUAGUGCAUAUGAGCAACCCGACGAGAUAGGCCUAUGUUUCUUGCGGACCAUCGCGGUAGCCGACUCUUCACCAUCGGACUUGUCUUCGGACCCCCGUGUGGUACGGCUGCUUGACGAGUUCGCCGACAUCUUCGAGUCACCUACCGGUGUGGUGCCGGAUCGGCCGAUCUCUCACGAGAUCAUUCUUGAGGCCGGUGCCGUGCCUCCGAAAGGUUGCAUCUAUCGGAUGAGCGAGGAGGAACUGGAGGUCCUUUGCGCACAACUCGACGACUUGUUGGCCAAGGGAUGGAUCCGCCCUAGCAGCUCCCCAUAUGGAGCACCGGUUCUCUUCGUAAGGAAGAAGAACAAGGAUCUACGUCUGUGCAUCGACUACCGCAAGCUCAACGCGCAAACUGUGAAGAAUGUGGGGCCUCUUCCUCGUAUCGACGACCUUCUUGAGCGAUUGGGCGGUGCUAAGUUUUUUUCCAAGUUUGACUUGAAGUCGGGGUAUCAUCAAAUUUCGAUACGCCCGAAUGAUUGCUACAAAACCGCAUGCAAGACACGGUAUGGGCAUUUUGAGUGGGUGGUCAUGCCUUUUGGCCUCACCAAUGCCCCGACAACCUUCCAAGCGGCAAUGACCAAUGAGUUUCGUGUGAUGYUGGAUCGGUUUGUGCUGGUCUACUUAGACGACAUUCUCGUCUAUAGUCGGACCUUGGAGGAUCAUCUUGAGCAUCUUCGACGAGUGUUGAAGACGCUCCACCGUGCCAAGUACAUACCCAACCGCGACAAGUGUGAGUUCGUCCGGCAAGAGCUUGAGUACUUGGGCCAUUUUGUCACAUUGGUGGGCAUCAGCCCCCUAUCGGAGAAAAUGCAAGCCAUCCAGAAGUGGCCGGAGCCGCGUAACGUCACGGAUGUCCGUUCGUUUCUUGGUCUUGCCGGCUACUAUCAGCGCUUCAUCAAGGGCUAUUCGAAGAUCGCGGCCCAUUUGACCAAGCUUCAAUGCGAGGAUCGACCGUUUGACUUCGACGAGGAUGCGCGGGAAUCCUUCUUGGCUCUUAAAGCUGCACUUUUGUCAGCGGAGGUCUUGCGGAUCUACGACCCGCUAUUGCCCACACGCUUCCGAUGGGUAACGGACAACAACCCGUUGGUCUUUUACAAGACCCAAGACACAGUCAACAGCACCAUUGCCCGCUGGAUGGCCUUCAUUGACCAUUUUGACUUUUUCCCCGAUCACAUUCCGGGCAAGUCGAACCGUUUUGCGGAUGCUCUCUCACGGCGUCCGGACCAUUGCACCGCGGUCUACUCGACGUUCGAGAUUGAUGACGACUUGCGAGACAGUUUCAUCCGCGGCUACCAGGCUGACCCCGAGUUUCGCGACAAGUAUGCGAAUUGUUCCUCACCCAAUCCGGCACCUUCUCACUACCGGAUCCAGGAGGGAUAUUUGCUCGUCCACUCGCGGGGAAAGGAUCUUCUUUGCGUACCGAAUGACCCUUACUUGUGUACGCGGCUUCGUGGCGAGUUCCACGAUGCUCCCGCCACCGGACAUUUUGACGUCAAUCGAACGAUUGGCCGACUUCGCGAGCGAUUUUGGUGGCCCGGUCUUCUCGACGACGUCACACGCUACUGCGAGUCAUGCGAGAUUUGUCGGCGUUGCAAAUCCCGCAAUCAUCGUCCGUAUGGCGAGUUGCGACCACUACCGGUUCCCUUGCGCCGAYGGGAGGCGAUUGCCAUGGAUAUCACUGGACCAUUCCCCAAGCACAAGACCGGUGUGGAUGGGAUUCGCACGGUAGUCGAUCGACUCACCAYGUUUGCCAUGUUUUUGCCUUGUCKCUAUCAUGCCAAGGCACCAGAAUUGGYCGAGGUUCUCUAMGCCGGUUGGAUUCGAACCAAGGGUUACCCCAAGGAAAUCGUCUGCGACCGCGACACUCGGUUCAUGUCUGAUWUUUKGUUGGCACUCACCAAACGAUGGGGCUCAUCUCUCAAGCCUAGUUCAGCUCGCCACCCUCAGACGGAUGGCCAGACGGAGAGGGCGCACCAGACGGCACAGGUUCUUCUUCGCAYUCUYAUCCGUCCCGAUCAGAAGGAUUGGGUUGAGCGGCUGCCGGAUGUCGAAUUGGCCUUUAAUUCGUCCAUCCACCCGACUAUCGGGAUGUCACCUUUCGAGUUUGAGCAUGGCUUUCCGGUCACUUCUCCGCUGGACACCAUCGUUCCAGGCACGGCUGAGAGCGACGACCAUCUCCUUUUCUUGCGCCGGAUGCAAGAACUUCUUGUCAAGGCACGCAAUCAGAUGGCAAAGACGCAGCAACGCAUGAGCCAGCAGGCCAAUCGCCAGCGUCUUACUUGUCCAGUUCGCGCCAGCGACCUCGUGUGGGUUUCCAUCGCGGAAUUCAGCCUUGAGCAAGAUAUCUCUCGCAAGGUCCUCCCAAAAUGGAUGGGCCCAUGGUCGAUUGUAGCACUUGCUGGGGAUGCACCUGAGGGACCGUCCUUCACAGUUCAGGUGCCCGCCCACUUGCCCGUCUACCCGAUUUUCCAUUGCUCCAAGUUGGCGCUGUACACACCAGCAGACCAGGAUGACUUUCCUGGGCGACGAUCUCAAGACCCACCCUCUAUGGACGACUUUCAGGAGGUCGGUGACAUCAUUUCCCAGCGACGCUACGGCAACAAGCCGACUGAGUAUCUGGUACACUUUGCAUAUUGCACCCACCGAGCCGACCGCUGGUUGACCCGUGCGGAACUCCAAGCGACAGCUCCAGAUGUUCUCGUACGGUAUGAACGAAAGAUGCAAGGCAAGCCGGCAUCUUCGGCUCCACGCCGCAACUGCGUCCAGGUUCCAACUUCAGAUCGUCGGCUGCGCCCCCGACCCGGCUUGACUUCAUAAGGGGGGGGGGGAUGUUACAUGCUGCGCCUGCACACGAGGGCCAUUUUUCAGGCCCUGCGUCGUUCAGGCUUGAAGCC